CGGCGCUAGCUCUGUUGAUAAGGCAGUUGAAUUACAACAGCAAUUACAGACUUUACUACAGUGCGGCGGAUUUACACUGCGAAAAUGGAAUUCCAAUUCCGGAGAUUUUCUUCAAAAAAUUCAAGGAACAAAUGCCAAUAAAAUAUGUGCGCUUAAUUCGGACCAAGAUACUAAAGCACUGGGAAUUUAUUGGUCAUGCCAGGAUGACUAUAUUGGGUACAAGGUAAAAGUGAGCGUAGUUUCCGUAGCAAUCACUAAAAGACAGCAGCUUUCCGACGUUGCAAAAAUUUAUGAUCCUGCUUGCUUGCUGGCUCCUAUCAUCAUCACUGGCAAGCGUAUGUGCCAAGAUCUUUGGCGUACCGGAUGUACGUGGGAUGACCCGAUUCCCGAACCUUACCAGAGUGAAUGGAUAAAAUUCCGUGAUGAGAUGCCACUGAUGGAAAACGUAGAAAUUCCGAGGUGGCUUUUCACAGCGGACGACAUAGAAGAAGCUCGGUUGCACGUAUUCUGUGACGCGUCAUCAGCAGCCUUCGCAGCCGUCGCGUAUCUACGGGUGUCGCAGUUGAACGGUGAAAUAAAAGUAUCUAUUAUCAUGGCGAAGACCAAGGUGGCACCGUUAAAGAAACGAACCAUACCCUGUUUGGAACUAAAUGGAGCAGUGCUUGCGAGUACUUUAACCUGCAAAAUUCUUGAAACUCUGCAGCUUAAAUCUACUCACACAUGGUACUGGUGUGAUUCUAAGACAGUGAUCAGCUGGAUUCGGUCCAAUCCUGGACAGCAUAAGCAGUAUGUUGCCAACCGGAUAGCAAAGAUUCAGGAGCUGACAAAUGUAGACGCGUGGCGGUACGUGCCCACUAAAUGCAAUCCGGCUGAUGUCGCGUCUCGUGGCAUUUACCCUUCGCAACUUGAAGGCGUUAGCAUAUGGUGGGCGGGCCCCACAUGGCUACAAAAGGACUAA